AGUUGAGAACCCAGCCCCCUUAUUUUCUCAAUCUCACGUCACGAAGUCUCGCUUCUGCAGUUCUGGGCUUCUGGCCGGCCAAGCCAAACAAAACGUUGCAGACAGAGAAAACAGCAGAGAGGAUAAUGGGCUACUCGAAGGAGCAGCUGCUUCAACGUUUACAGGAACUUCAAAUUGAUUUUGCACACUAUGAUCAUCCUGUUGUCUUGACAGUUGAAGCUCAGGCAAAAUAUGUUGGGCAUUUGGGAGGUGGAUUAAGUAAAAAUUUAUUCUUGAAGGACAAAAAGCAUAGGUUUUAUAUUGUUUCUGCUCUAGCGGGCACAACAGUGGAUUUGAAAGUUUUAUCCCAGCGGCUUGGUUUGGGAAAAGGAGGUCUAAGAAUGGCUCCUGAAGAAUCUUUGCAAGAAAUACUUCAGGUGCCCCUAGGUUGUGUUACUCCAUUUGCAUUAAUCAAUGACUCUGCACGACAUGUUUCAUUAUUGUUGGAUCAAGGAUUCAAAGCUCAAGAGUUUUGUUUCUUCCACCCACUCUCAAAUGAUGUUACCAUCUCUGUCAAUUCUCGUGACCUUGACAAGUUUUUAAUUUCAAUUGGAAAAGAACCAUCUUAUGUGGACUUGGAGGCUAAUCCUCCUGUCGGGAAGGAUCAACCUCCUGAUCUUGCUGCACUUGUUCUAGCUGGCACAAUAGUACUGCCAGAUCUAUCAGAAAAAGCUGGUUCUGUCCAACACCCCACUGAAAAUACUGUUCCAGUGGCAAAUAACUUGGCAGCAGUUACAGGAAAAGCAGCCAAGAAGUCUAAUCCUACAUCAGUUACCAAGGAUAAACAGCAGGCUGCGGCAGAUCCCUUAAAUGCCAAUGGUAAUGUUAGGAAAUUUGUUGAAGAAAUUAUAGAUAAGACAUCUGCACUACUGCUUGCAGAGAUUACUAAGGACAGCAUUCAACAACAUGGAGAUCAACUUGGGACUGUGAUAUCUGAUAGUAUCAGAAAACGCCUGAGUUUGGAUGUGGAAAGCCUAGCUAUGAUGUUCAAGAAUACGGUGUAUACUCAAGGAUAUAUUGCUGGUUCUCAGACUGGGUUUGUGCGUAAAUGAAACUCCACAUUGCUUGAACUAGAAAUUGAUAAAUGAGCAAAGGCCAAUUUGAUUUUUCAUUUUAUUCUAUUAUGCUGAAAAGGAAAUAUUGAGCUGUAAGCUAUCAAGUGAACCCUUCUCGGAAUGUCUGAUCUGAAAAGUUAGUAGAAAUGUAGGAGUAGAGCCAAUGGUGAUGGUUUUUAGUUUCUUGUUACCGAUGGUGUUUAUCCAUUAUCUUGUAUCAAAGGGAGACUUAAAACUCCCCCUUUUUCUAUUCCCAAUCUUCUUUUCACUUAAAAUAUUCAUGAUAUCUUAUGCCUUUAUUUGUUCUCU